CCCGCGCGCCCCCCGCUCCCUCUGCAUCCGCUCCUCCGCCCUCUUCCCCCUCGCAUGGCUCCGGGGGCCCAUUCCGUGCCCGGCCGAUCAUCUUUCCACCACCCUUCAGCCUUGGCCUCCAUUUGGGGGUUCCGGGGACCGCAAUCUGGCGGACGUGCACCCCCACCCAGCGGCAGGGUUCCGUGGGUCCGGCAAGAAGGGGGUGUAGGGGUUGGUUCCGGCUCGGGUGUUGGUGGGUCCCUGUGGGGGGAGGGGUGAAGCUGCCUCAGUGGAUGCCCCCGGGGACCCUGGCCCUUCCCGGCCGCCCCUGUCCCAGGCCUCGGUCUGGAGGGAGGGCUUGGCCGGCGUCCGGCCCAGGUUGCCCCAGAGGAAUCACAGACCCAGCACAAACUGUGGUGCUGCCUCCCUUUUCUCUGCCAGCAGGACUUGGAGCUAGGACACCUGGGUCCUAGGUCUCCUCUGCUUGGGGGUGUAGGAGGAGGGAGGUUCCACCCUGGAACACAGUGGGGGCUGAGGCCUAGGGUUCCACAUUCACUUCAUGAAUCUCGAGGUGAAUCCGGCCUUGAUGGAGACGCAAACCAACAGCCGCUCCCCUUUGGAUCAGUCAAGGAAUUGAGGUCACACUAAUGGCCCCUCUUUCCAUUUGAGCUGCCUUUGGAGGUGUUGUGUGGGGACAGCCCUAUAACUGAACAUGACAAGACUCAGGGGAAGCCUCGGCUGAGCCCCCGUGUGAGCCCCACCCCUCCCUAAAUGCAGAUGAUGGAGACAACAGGCUGUGCUGGGUUUGAAAGGUGACAGUGAGAACUUUGUUAUUGCAGGGGCUGCUGCCACUGUGUUUGCAUCCCUAACAAACUUCAACACAAGGGCCUGAGGUCAGCACUCAGUGAAGGCUCCCUGGCAGUAGGGGCUGAAUUAUUUGAGAAUGUGGAGCAGGGCAAGGAGUCGAGUCCUGGUCAGCUGAGUGUGGAAAUAGAGGGACUUCUGCUAUCCAUGGGCUUUCCAGGUCCUACAACCCACAAGUAGGGAGCAGGAAAAGAGAGAGAGAGCCUGCAUGCCAAUUCUAAGCUCUUCAGGAUCAAAUGUCGUUCGUCCUGUCCAGAAUGGCAGCCUGUGGAGGCACCUGCAAGAACAAAGUGACAGUCUCCAAGCCUGUGUGGGACUUCCUGAGCAAGGAAACCCCAGCGCGGCUGGCCCGACUUCGCGAGGAGCACCGUGUGUCCAUCCUCAUAGAUGGCGAGACUUCUGACAUCUAUGUUCUUCAGCUUUCCCCACAGGGCCCUCCCCCGGCCCCUCCCAACGGGCUCUAUCUUGCCCGGAAGGCUCUCAAGGGGCUGUUAAAAGAGGCAGAGAAAGAGCUGAAGAAAGCUCAAAGGCAGGGGGAGCUUAUGGGCUGCCUGGCUUUGGGGGGUGGGGGAGAGCACCCUGAGCUGCACCGCCCAGGCCCACCCCCUCUCCGAGCAGCUCCACUCCUGCCCCCAGGGGCACGGGGGCUUCCUCCUCCUCCCCCUCCCAUGCCUCCCCCUCUUCCUCCGCGUCUUCGGGAGGAGGCAGAAGAGCAGGAGAGCACCUGUCCCAUCUGUCUGGGGGAGAUCCAGAAUGCCAAGACCUUGGAGAAGUGCCGGCACUCAUUCUGCGAGGGCUGCAUCACCCGGGCCCUGCAGGUGAAAAAGGCCUGCCCCAUGUGCGGGCGCUUCUACGGGCAGCUGGUGGGCAACCAGCCCCAGAAUGGGCGGAUGCUGGUCUCUAAGGACGCCACCCUCCUACUGCCUAGCUACGAGAAGUACGGCACCAUUGUCAUCCAAUAUGUCUUCCCGCCCGGUGUCCAGGGGGCUGAACACCCAAACCCAGGCGUUCGGUACCCUGGCACCACACGGGUGGCCUACCUCCCAGACUGCCCAGAGGGCAACAAGGUGCUGACCCUGUUCCGCAAGGCAUUUGAUCAGCGUCUCACCUUCACUAUCGGCACGUCCAUGACCACAGGGAGACCAAAUGUCAUCACCUGGAACGACAUCCACCACAAGACCAGCUGCACAGGGGGACCCCAGCUGUUUGGGUACCCAGACCCCACUUACCUGACCCGGGUACAAGAGGAAUUGAGAGCCAAGGGUAUCACAGAUGACUGAAGGACAUCCCCUUUGCCAAGGCCCCUGCUGUCCUCCACUCGACCUAACGGAAGCCGCUGUUCUGCUCUCUCCCCCUGCCCCCCAGGCCAUACUAGUAGGGGACCUGUCUGACUGGAGAGGGAGUUCAGAGGGAGAGGGAGCAAACCCUUCCCCAGUACCCCACCAGCCAAGGCCAAGUGCUUCAGUGCAGUGUGAGCCACUCCCUCCUGGCAGACGCUCAUCUGCAAGGUUCUGCCCAACUCCCUCCCCAUGUACAUACUCCCACUUUCCCUGCCCCCCUCCAUUGCCCCUUUUCUGGUGUGUGCUGUGCUCCAGUAGCAAAGCUGAGAAAGGGCCUGGCAGGAAGGGAAGGUCUCUUGACCUCCCUCUCCACACAGGGCUCCAUUGCUGAACUUCACUGGUUGGGAGGGAAAAUCAGGCUGAUGUGAACCCUGGUGGAGUCGGCUGUAUGUCCAUCAGAUCCGAUUCUUCUACCUAACCUUGUCCUUUCUCCCUCUGAGUCUCUGUCUUUGUCAGUCAGUCUUUCUCCCACUCUUCUCUGCCCCCUAUAAGGAGCCUCCUUACCCUGUUCUGGAAUCACCGCCAGAUUGUAGCUUUUAAUUUAAUAAAAAUAAAGUAAAAUAUGCAACUCUC